AUGGCUAACGUGGAUGCGGCGCUUUUGGAGCUUGCCGUUGCAUGCAGAGUACCGCAGGAGUUCCACUUCGUGCUGGAUGGUUAUGACGUGCCGCUGUUUGGUUGCCUAGCAGCCUCACACUCGGAAGUCGAUGCCUCAAUCGAGAUACUGCUGGAGGGGGCCGCCUUGCCUGCAGAGUCCACUGAGAAACUACGUCUUAUGUCAUCCUUCCGCCUGCUGUUUCAGAAGUGUCAGUCUGUGACGGCAACUGGUUCAUCUGCGGGGAGUGCGGCCCAUGCAAGCAUGACAUCCAAUGCAGCCUCAUGGGUAGACUCUUUCCCGGCUAAAUUGACAGGUGAGGAGGUGGUGAAACUCCGCCUUGAGUUCGAGGCUUCGUACCCAGGAGAGGUCUUGGAUGCGGACAACACCCCAGGUCACCGGCUCUUAGCUUUGGCCGCAAAGCUUGUUAAACCAGGUGAGAUGCGGUGGGUGGCUUGGAAGCAUCGGAUGAGCAAAUCCCAAGAGGAGUCUUUCGCUCUGUGCAGGCCGGCAAAAAUCCCAAGGUUGGAAGAGCUGGUGUACGACGAGAUACCUUCAAGAGAGCUACCUCAAGGCCAAGUCGGCAUGACCUUCCUGCAGGGCAUUUUGGGUCUUUUGUGCAUAUCACUCGCCUUCGUUAAGGGGGCUCACCUUCAGAGCCUGCGGCUUUACGAGCGCAAGUUCAUCCGCCUGGCCUGCCAGCGGCAUGAGGCAUCUUCGGGGCUACGAAGCCCGAAUAUUGAGGAGCUUCAGGCGGCAGACAAGCACAUUUGGGGCUUGAUCGCGGAUUUAGUCAAUGUCCACAAGUGGAGCCUGAAUGAUGCACUGACGGAGGUAGUGCAAGUUCGCGGUGACUUGGCGGCCAUGUUGCAGCCUCGCAGCCAAAUCUUGAAGAUCAACAGGCAGCCUUUCAAAGGCAACGGCAAGGGGAAAGACUCCCCGGGCGGUAAGAACGGCAAGGGCAACAAGGGCAAUGGCACCAACAGUCAACGCUGGAUGCUUUCUUACACGGACUCCAAGGGUCAGCGCAAACAGUUGUGCCGUGGUUACAGUUCUCCAGACGGAUGCAAGUUUGAAAACUGUAAAUUCGAGCAUCUCUGCCCGGUUCCCGGCCCAGAUGGAAAGCCGUCACAGUCGGUGGCGGAACACUCCGAUGUGCGGACUGGUCGAUCCAGCGAAAUUCCGUCGCCGACUUCAUCGGAUUUUUCUUGGGAAGCUUGCUUGGCUAUCCUGCAGACUCACUGUUUGGGUGAUGCUCCUCUCUACCGAGAUACAGUUCUUGCAGGUGCGCGAUCUCGAGCACAAUAUUUCAAUUUUGGGGCGAGAGCGGGCUCCAAUGCGGGGCUUUGCAAAGGCACAGCAGAAAACGCAGAAUUCGUUGAGUACCUGAACAUUUUCCUUCGGCAGAUUUUUCCAGACGGCACAUGGUCCAGUUUUUGUGUCAGUCACAAUGAGUUCGCUCAUAUCCACGUGGAUAAGAACCUUCCGGGAUCUUUGAAUUAUUCAUUCAGUGUCGGUGCUUUUGAGAAAGGCGGCUUGUGGGUGGCUUUGCCGCCAGACGAACUUCCUCACCUUCCGCGAGUGCCUCCGCCGGACACAUCAGCUGAUGCCUCGCUGUUGGGUUGCAUAGUUCAGACCAGGAGGUGUGGUUUUUCUUGGGAUGGCCGCAUUGCUCAUUGUUCGGAGCCAUGGGUUGGCGACAGAUGGGUCGUGACGGCCUAUACUUCUUGCACUUGGGGUUCAAUGCCUGAACCAGAUCUUCGCUCUUUACGUGAUCUUAUGUUUCCGCUUCCAGGCGACGCCAUGGUGGUCGACGAGGUGUCGUGUGCGUCUCGGGCUGCCAAAAUUGACCAGGCACAGCUGGGGCUACCGGCGGCAGUCAUGCCUCCGGACCUUGAGGCAAUUCGCGGAAAUCUUUUUCUGGAGAUCUGUUCUGGGCCAAAUCGGCCUCUGUCUGCUGCCCUCCUGGCGAAGGGUGUUUCAGUGCUGUCGAUCGACAUUCUUUUGCAUGAAGAUCAUAACUUGUUGAAUGACUCCACUUAUGACAGCCUCAUGCGGCUAUGCUACAGCGGACAAGUGAAUCUGGCACACGCCUCUCCACCUUGUACGGAGUACUCCAGGCUGAAGCUCCGGGCAGACGGUGGCCCCAGGGCGAUUCGCACUCCAGAACACAUGUCUGGAGUUCCUGAUUUGAGUCCAUCAGAGCGGCAACGUCUGGAGCAAAGUAAAAAAGUGCUGGUUCGUACAAUCAAUUUGCUUCUGGCAACAUACUGCGCUGGAGGGCAUGUUAGUCUGGAAAACCCCUUGAACAGCAUGGCAUGGUUGGAGCAGGAAGUCCGAGAAUUUCUGCAACACAUCAACGCGGACCUCAACUGUGUGGCUGCUUGUGGCUAUGGUAUGAAUGUACUGAAGCAGUGGUGUUUCGCAUGCAGUUUUCGGGAUCUCCAGCAGAUUGCAUGUAAUUGUCAACACGAUCCUCAGUCGCAUGCACAGGUGGCAGGGAUUGUUGACGAAGAUGGCGUUUACGCUUCAAGGGCCACUUCGGAGUUUCCGGCACAGCUUGCACAGGCCUAUGCAGAAGCUGUUCUUCCUUUGUUCGAGACUUCGAGCAAGCCGUACACCAUUUCUCUUGAACAGGUUAGGUUUCUUCGAACUCACAAAACCAAGGAGGAACUUCCCCGAAGCACACAGGACGGAGGUGGGAUCUACUCAAUGCCGGAUUGGAGUUUUCCUCCGAGCGGCUGCAAGGACCUCCUAGGGGGAGUGCGUAAGCAGCUUGUGGAGUACCUUUUCCACAUCAGGGCCCCAUUGCGUUUGCGCGCCCUACUUACUCGUGCUCUUUCCACCACAGCCAAAAAAGAAGGAAGGGUCCGA